GGAAGAAUACAUUACAGAUCACAGCAAACCGGACCAAGAAUUCUCGCAGCACAACUGAAGGAAGCUUUGGGUUGGCAAAUCUGCAGAAAACAACGCCAGGUCUCUCUCUCUCUCUCUGAGCAAUAGAGAGGGGAAAGUAAAUGAAAGGAGGACGUGGCUCGAAUCAAAAGCUGUCUGCAAACCGAGGGACUGAGCGAAGACUGAAAUAGAUCGAGAUUAUACAAGCGCCUGUUGCUUCCUCGUUUCCACCGCCCUGCCUUUCAGAUGCAACGAUGCUGCGCUGUUUGUAGGGGCGAUUUGGCUCUUCACAGUUGGCUGUCACAGAUUGCAGCUGCAGUUCCCAGAGGUGCCACAAAGUGUGGACUCCAUCGUGGAUUGGAGGAUUUCCAGGAUUAUGCCGAUGCCCCAGAAUGGAGCUGAGGAACCUGCUCCUGCGGCACUCUGUCGCCAUGUGGCUGCUUUUACAGAGCUUUGUCCUGAUGACCUUCUGCUUUAAUUCAGCAACAACGUGUCCGAAAGGCUGUUACUGUUCAGAUCCUGACAAGAAACUGACUGUCCGCUGCAGCGACAUGCACCUGAAGGAGGUCCCCAGGGACAUUCCAAAUAACACGCGGAAGCUCUACCUUGAUUCCAAUCAAAUAACUUCCAUUCCACACGAGGUCUUCAAGAAUCUGCAUGAACUGGAGGAAUUGGAUCUGUCCAAUAAUGCCAUCCAACACUUGGAGCUGGGCGCCUUCCGAGGACUGAACGACAGCUUGAAGUUUCUGAACCUCUCCCACAAUAAACUGGUGACUGUUAACAAAGAAGUCUUCAGCAAAUUGAAAGCAGUUAUUAAACUUUCGGACAACCCCUGGUUCUGUAAUUGUGACCUGCAGGAAAUGAUCAAGACGGUUACUGUCAAGGUUGAGUCCACCAAUGACAUCAUCUGCGCAUCUGCUUAUCCAGAGGAACACACAAAGAAAUCUUUCUUGGAAGUUGCACACCACGUCAACUUCUGUAACUUUCAGAAAAAGACGACCGAUGUGGCAAUGCUGAUCACCAUGUUUGGCUGGUUCACCAUGGUAAUCUCUUAUUUGGUGUACUACGUCAGACAGAACCAGGAAGAUGCCAGGCGCCACCUUGAGUACCUGAAGUCGCUGCCCAGCAAGCAGAGGAAGUCAGAGGCAUCCUCCACGAUUAGCACAGUGGUGUAACGAUGCACUUCC